CAUUGGAGGGGAUAACGCACUCUUACAAGUCCAUGUUCUUGUCUGAAGUAACAGAUGUGGCGUUCUAGUUCACAUGCUUGAUUAUGUCCUCUGGUGCGCUUAUCGUAUUGCAGGUGUCAUACAAUGAGUAUACGAAUUCGUCUGGAUCAGUACAAGUUGCGAGAUAUCUGCGAAUUGUUGAUAUUGGCAGCGCUUUUUCUAAUCAAAUUAACUAAUUGUUUACCCCUGAAAACUGACGUGUGGAGCGAGAGCGAAGCAGAGGGGUUCUUGGAGAAAUAUGGAUACCUACAUGAAGACCAUGCCCACAAUGCUGUGGAGAUCCAGUCAGCGGUCAGGGAGUUCCAGUGGCUUUCCCACCUGCCCGUCACCGGAAGGCUGGACGGCCCCACGCUGAGGCAGAUGGGAGCGCCGCGCUGCGGGGUCAAGGACGACGGCAGCCAUCAAGUCUGGGCCCAGAGGGUCAACAGCAUCUUCACAGGAAGUGGAGCUCCCUCCAAGCCCACACUGCGCAAGAAACGUUAUGCUGCGCCAGGUGAGAAGUGGUACAAGCACCACCUGACGUACCGUGUGGUGAACUGGCCCCAGCAGCUGGCCCCGGGCCCUGUGAGGCUGGUGGUGCGCGCCGCCUUCCAGCUGUGGAGCGACGUGUCAGGCCUGGUGUUCCAGGAGGCCACGCAGGGCCCCUCUGACAUCCGCCUGGCCUUCUACGACGGCGAGCACAACGACGGGACGAGCAACGCCUUCGACGGCCCCGGGGGAGCUCUCGCCCACGCCUUCUUCCCGUGUCGUGGGGAGGCCCACUUUGACAUGGCAGAGCGGUGGACGCUCAAUAGCCACAAGGGUCACAACCUGUUCAUGGUGAUGGCCCACGAGAUCGGCCACACCCUGGGGCUGGAACACUCGCCCGUCCGCCACGCCCUCAUGUCACCGUACUACAGGAAGCUCGGGCGUGGCCUGGUGCUGAGCUGGGAUGACAUCACUGCUGUGCAGAAGCUGUAUGGAAAACCUCCCCAGGGUCGAGCUGUCAGGCUGCAGAGUCGUGCCCUCAGCUCCGCCCUGCUGAAGUGGGAGCAGGCCGAGGUGGAGGCCGGUGCUGGGUCAGCGCUGCCCCUCUACUGCCAGGGGGCCUUCGAUGCCGUCACCACAGACCAGAACGGGACAGUGUUCAUAUUCCGGGGAAACCUGUUCUGGAAGGUGUCCCCUGAGGGCAACGCCAGCGCCCCCAUCCCUCUCCAGCAGCGCUGGCCCCACCUCCCUCUGACCAUCGAGGCCGCGGCCUUCUCCCCUCUGGACAACAAGUGGUAUUUCUUCAAAGGGAAGCGUGUGUGGCGUUACUCCAACCUGGGCCUGGACGCGGGCUUCCCCAAGAAAAGCAGCAAACUGGGCUUGCCACACCACCCAGACUCAGCCUUCUACUACCCCCCUCUGGGACACCUAGUCCUGUUCAAAGGCUCCCGGUACUCUGUCCUCAACCUGGGCCUGCUCUACCUGGAGCCCUACUACCCCCGCAGGCUGGAGGACUGGACCGGAGUGCCCCAGGGCACCAACGGGGCCCUGACUCGAUCGGAUGGGCGUCUCUACUUGUUUAGAGAGCAGCAGUUCUGGAGGUUCGACCCGUUGAAGGUGCGUGUGACCAGAGAGGGCCAGUGGGUCCAGGACUUGGCCUGGAUGGGCUGCAGGGUGACCUCUCAGCAGGGUAAUGACAUCCUCUGACCAGAAGGUGGCUUGAGAGGUACUGGCAGUGUGCAAGACUGUUCUCCACAGAGUUUAGAUGGAACUGUUGGCCUGGAUCACUCCCUCAGGAUUAUGAUUGGUAGUAAAGCCAAGCACUAACCAAGAAUAAGCAAUGUUCGGAUGACUGAACAUAUUGACACCUAUACUGUAUGUGUAACUCCUCAAAACCUUGCUUCAUUUCUUACAAUCAAUAAUUGGGUGAGGUUAUCACGUUUUUGAUUUAAUGUUGAGUCACUGUUAUAUUACAGAAGACACAUGGAUCAGUUAGGUGUGGAAUGCUGUCUUCUAAGUUAUAUGAAGAUGAAUGAGGGUACUGGGACAGCACAUCCUGCCUGUAAAUGACCUUUCGACCUUUUGGUUCUGGCGUUCUGGGUGUGGAUGCAUGUGUUAUGCCUCUGUAACAGUGCUGCCUCCUCAUGGAGGAACAUCAGACUUGUGACUCCCUUACAACAUAGCUACCUUGUUCACAUCAGUUUAAGUGAUGUGUUAGCUAUUGGUUAAAGUCACACAUAGCAUUUCUACUGCAUGCAAUAUAAUAAGUAUAUGGUCAUGGAAAAAUAUA